AUGCUCAGACCACGGUUUUUGCCUCUAGAUGACCGAGCCGUACGAGAAAGUGAGAGAAAGGCUGCCAAGCUGCAUUUUAGUCAGUUGGGUAACAAUGAAAAUUUUCUUUUAGAGGUGGAAAAAAGGGAGAAGACAGUGAAAAACUGUGUAGCAAAUGAGAGCACUGCAUCAAAAGUCAGCACUGAUGUUGAUAACAGGAUUGAAACUGGCUCAAACAAAGGACUUUUUAUUCCCUUCCCUAACUGGGAAGUAAAGGAUUCCCCAACAAGUACUUCUGUAACCCAGGGCAAUGGUAUACCAGAUCAGAAAUUAGACACUUUGCCACUGGGGACACAGAUACAGGAAGUGGCAAGAAGGGAGAUGCCAAGUGAGAAUCACCAGGAAGAUGAAUUCAGACGCCACUCGCCUCAUCAAUCCACAGUUCGAACCCCAGAGAAGAUGGCUAGAGAAGGGUACCGAAUAUCUUUUCUGGACAACAAGUCUUCAGGUUCUUCUCCAGAAAAGGACUUGAUACUAAAACCUGAUACUUAUCAGCUUACCCAUGACGCCUCAUUGGGUAAACGCCUGGAUGUGGGUGAUUCUAGACAGAGUCAUCCCUAUCAGUUACCUUCAGAUGCUGGUCUAGAAAAUUAUGAUAGUCAUUAUUCUCAAAAUCCAUCCCUGCAUGGAAGCCUUGGUAAAAGGCCUCAGAGAAGCAGGAACUACCGAGAAUAUAGCACAAAACCUUCAAAUAACAUGAAGGCCACCACAUCCCAUUCCUGCGGAGGCUUACUGACUUCUCUGUCAAACCCUGACUCCAGCACCGGAAGGCUUUUGAAGCUUAGUUCAGAUCUGUAUGCCACAACCCAUUUCAACAGCGACCCUGCUCUGCUGGUGAAUGUAGAGCAAAAAUUAUCCACCAGCCUCGGCGAUUUAACACCAGUACAUGGUUCUUUCCCAAACAACACCAUCCUGGGAGACUCUCUGCGGACACUGCUGUUGCCUACUGGGACUUCAGAAAACAGAGAGAGUUUGACCAAGGGGUCAUUAAGCCCAUUGAGAAGAGGAUUCAAACGGAAAGAAAAUAUCCUUGACACCCUGAAUCCAAAACAUGGUUUCAGAGAUGCUACAGGCAGCGAGCCUCUCUCUAGUGACCUGGGCAGUUUGCAUGGUUUGCCAGGAAACCACAGUCCCCCGAUCUCUGCCAGAACAUCCCAUGUGGCCACUGUCCUCAGACAGCUCCUGGAGCUUGUGGAUAAGCACUGGAACGGUUCCGGCUCCCUCCUCCUCAACAAGAAGUUUCUGAGUCCUGCCCGAGAUCUGCUUCUGACUUUGGUAGUCCCUGCUCCUUCUCAGCAGUGGUGUCGCUCACAUCCUGAAGAUACAUCAAAAGCCUUCCACAAGAGGGAGAUGGAACUGAAGGAGACGGGGCAGCUGGUCCCUAAUGACAUGGAAAGUUUGAAGCAAAAACUGGUCAGAGUGCUGGAGGAAAACCUCAUUUUGUCAGAAAAAAUCCAGCAGUUGGAGGAAGGUGCUACCACCUCAAUUGUGAGUGGGCACCAGUCCCACACUUAUGAUGAUCUUCUGCGCAAAAACCAACAGCUGAACAUGCAGGUGGCUUGCCUGAACCAGGAGCUUGCCCAGCUGAAAAAGCUGGAGGAGACAGUGGCCCUUCUCCACGAAAGUCAGAGAUCCCUGGUGGUAACUAAUGAGUAUCUGCUGCAGCAGCUGACUAAAGAGCAAAAAGGUUAUUCUGGGAAAGCACUCCUGCCUCCUGAGAAGAGUCAUCAUUUGGGGAGAUCAUCGCCCUUUGGGAAAAGCACGCUGUCUUCCUCCUCACCAGUGGCACAUGAUACGGGAAGUCAGCUCUGAGAAGGAAGAAGACAUCCUCUCCCAGCAGCCAGGCCAGUUGGAGAAUCACUUGCAGACAGGGCCUCAUAUAUCCACUGCCUCCCCAAUCUAGAGUCCAGGUACUUGGAGCCCUGGGGCUGAAUGUCUGGGACGGCCUAACAUGUUCAGGGGCUGGCCAGGGGGCAGCAUGGCUAAUUCCUGAAACACAGAUCUUCCAGGAUCUGUCUGCUCAGCAGUUGGACCAAAUGCUGGACACAGUAUGCUGACAACUUACUGCAAAGUAAAUGUGUAAAACUUCACUAAUAGAUUCCACCCAGGCAGCCAUCCACCCUCCAUCUAGCUAUCUAUCAAUCCAUCCAUCCAUCCUCUUGCUAGCCAAGUAGACAUCAUCUCUCCAUCACUUAUCCUCCAUCCAUCAGCUGUCCAACCUCCUUUUUUUCUUCCUCUUCCCAGCAGCCAAAUUUUCCUACAUGUCUGCAGGAGCCAGGCUCCACCCUAAUGUGCUAUACCAGAGCUGAAAGAGACAAUCCUGUGGCCCAUCACAACCUCUCUAUCCCUACGGCCCUGGCUGUGGGUCAGGCCGUCACCUCUUGCCUGGGUUAUUCCAUAGUCUCCUGACUCUGCUUCUCAUGUCUGCGUCCCCUUGAGUACCCUUUACUUGGGUAGUGAGCUCUGAAAAGCUUAAACCUAAAGCCUUGACUGCUUAAACUCCUGCAGUGGCUCUCAAGCUAAAGUUUACUCUUCAGCUCAGUGUUCACGGCCCCUUUUCCUCUGGAUCCUCUCAAACCUCUCUGGUAUCACCAAGCACUACUCCUUACCAUUCCAGGCUCUCUUCAGACACACUGAAUGUAGGCAAACAUUUAGUUUCCUGCCUGCUCCAACACUUCUUCCCUCCCCCCCACCCCCCUGGUUCAUUCAUUCAGCUAUUUACUGAGGUCUUUCUCUAUGCCAGGCACUGAGGGAUAUGGCAGGAGCAAGACAGACUUGGCCCCUAGCCCCAAGGAGCCUACAGUCUGGCAGGAAAGACAGAGGUUAAUCAAAGAGUAGGUUGAUUGCAAUAACGAAAGUUCAGGGGACUAUGUGAGUUUGUAACUGGGUGACCUCAUCUAGUCUGAAGGGAUCUGGAAGGUUUCCCUGAGGAAGUAUCAUCUCAGCUGAGACUUAGAGAGAAACAGAUGACAGGAACGUGGCAGGUAAUAUAAAGAGGAAAGGGGGCCUGGCUGGGUACUGGGAACAAGCAGAGUCCCAACUAGAUGUGUGGUUCCAGCUCAGCUUAUUGGUGCCAUGCAAGAAAGAGAGCCCAUGUCACCAAAUUCUGGCUUUUCAGAAGGAACCAGAAAUCUGGAUUUGUGUCUGGAUAUAUGAGGCAUCUCAUUUUUAAAAUGUUGACAAGGAAAUAAAUAAUUUUUUAAAUGUACCUGCCAAAGAAACACUUAAGAUAUGUCCCUUUUGUGUGUUUGUUAUCCCUCAAUUAAAAAAAAAAUCUGUAGGCCAAACUGGCCCAUGGGCUGCUAGGUCUUGACUUCUAACUUAGCUGGGUAUUGGGGUGGAGAGAGAGGCUAGGAGCUUCCAGGCAGAGACCAGUGUUGUUGCAACAGAGAACAACAGAGGAAAUAAAAUAAGAAGAUGCUGGGGAGAUAAGCAGAGUCCAGAAUGUGGAGAGCCAUGAUGAUCUUUAGCCUUAAGGCAGGAAGAAGCUAUUAGAGGGUGUUAAGCUGGGGAGUAACUUUAUCAUAUUUGUUUUUUGAAAGGGCACUCUGGCUGCAGGGAUAGAGAUGGACUGGCCAUGGUGAGAGCAUGUGUGGGGAGACCUGUUUGGAAACGAAUGGUCAUCUAGGUAAGAGAGGCAGAUGGCAGUGGGGAGAAAAGAGGGCAAAUACAAUAGCUUUUUAGGAGGCAAAAUCAACAGGACUUGAUGACUGACUGGAUAUAGGUGAUGAAAGAAAGGGGCGGAGCCAAGAGUACCUAGAGAAGCCAGGAAGAGGGAAGGAGGGGAGCUGAGAGCAACAGGUAUGCAUCUGGGUGGUGAUGUUGGUCUACAUGGCCCUCCUCCUGCACCCACAGUCUGCUGUAUGAAUCCCUACCCCCAUGCUUACCAUGUGAUGAUCUCCAAUCUACAAGGCUUUCCUCCAGUUGGAAACGGAACACCUAGAGCUGGGGCCCUGUUUUACCCAUCUUUGCAACCCUAGGGCCCAGGCAAGUUCUAGGUGCAAGGUGAGUGCUUGGUACACACCAUUACCCUACCUCAUUCUGCAGGGGCCCCUGAGGGAGCCUGCAGAAGGAAGGUGGCUUUGAUGGGAGGACAGAGAACCAUUCAGGCCUGGAAAUGGGAGUGCCAAACCAGGUGGUUCUUUGAGCCUCCAGCAUUGCCCAAAGCAAUAAAUAUGGGGAGGACAAAACCCUCAAACCAUCCCACUGCCUCAGAGUCAGACUGCCUGAGCAGUCCUUCUGGCCUCACAGGGUAGCAAUUGUGUGACCUCAGGAAGUCAUUUAAUCUCUCUGAGCCCCAAUUUCUUUUAUGAAAGUGGGGAGAACACCUUCCUUACAGAUUAUUAUGAGAGUUGAACAAGAUCAUCCAUGUAUAGGGGUUGGCACAGUGCCUGGCACAUAUAAGUGCUCAAUAAAUGCUAGUUACUCUUGGUUACUGUUAUUUGCUCUGAUUCUGCUCACUCCAAACUAUGUGGUUAUUAACCUGGCUUCCCAGGUACCCUGAUGGCAGAAAGCCAGGGAGUCCUGAGUGAGUGGUGUACCCAUUCGGAUCAUGGGAGGAAUGUUCCAUGAAGCAUUCUACUUAAUAGCACUGACUAAGCCCUGUUGGUCACCUCAGAGAAAGUCUAGUUUUCAUGUACAAAGUUGAUGACUAGGCCCUGGGCCCUAGUGAACCAGGAAGCCCCUCAGUGACACUGCUGGCAUCGGAGACCAACAACCUUCUCUAGAGUCCUUCUCCACCCACCUGCCCUGGCUACCCACCAGCCAAGGGCUCUAUGGUUUCCCAAGAGAGCGUGCUCACAUUCAUGGCUCAUACAUUCUGGUGCUCACACACACACAUCCUUGUGUGCUCCUUGUCCCCUGCCUGGGAAGCAGGCAGGACUCCUCCUGUCAGAUAGAGGAGGAGGCUAAGAUGCGGAGAGCUGGCAGAAGCCGCUCAGCCUUGUGCAGCUCUGAAAGGGCUGAGUUGAAGGGUGCUGACUCUACGCCUGAGACUUUCAAAUUCAUCCCUGCUAACUCCUUCAGCUCACCCUAGGCCACCUUCUCCCAGAGGCCCAAGGAAUCAUCUCCAUGAAGCACACACACCAAGGCACACUCUCAUGGGCACCCUCUGGACUGGGGCACGUGGCCACAUGCUGCCCCUCAACCGCCCAGACUUGCAGCCACAUCCUCUGCUCCUGGGGCCUGUGGCCAGGGCUGGGGCAGUCACAUCACUAAAUUCAGGCAAGCUCAUGUUUGUCACAAUUCCCAGGAGCUUCCAGGGCAUAUUUAUCCCUCCUCUUGUCAAUUCAACCUUACCCUAAAAGAGUCUGAUUUAUAAAAUCGAUGAGCUCCUAAACAGUCCUGGGUACAGCAUAAUAAUCUCUGUAAAUAAAACCAUAUUCUAAAUGUACCAGGAAACUUACCAUGUAAAGGAAUUCUACCAUUAUUCUUAUUCUUUCCAAAAAGUGAAAAAUUAUUUCAUAAAUGGAAUAAGGUACUCUCUUUUAUCCCUUGUUGAGCUCUGGACACAAUUAGCUUAAAGAGAGCUUUAAGGUUCUCUUCUGUAAUUGCUCUUGUGGUACCUCAGUUGAUGAGGUUCCCAUCUGUGUGGGACUUUCAACGCUCCAAGGUUCGUUAGGCCUGUUCCCUCACCCAAUCAGGCAGAGGGGUCAGAUGGGGGUUGGAGGCCAGGCAGGUAGGAAACUGGUCCCCCCAGGCAGAGACAGGGCCCAUCUGCGCUCUCUGAGGCACUGGAACCCAGCUUCAGGCCUCGCCCAUGUCCCUCCAUCCAUUGUCCCCACUCUUCUAUGUACCAGUCCCACACUUUCCCAAGGAUACAGC